AUGCCAAUUGCCAGUGAGAGUACCACCGUCAACUCCGCUACCACCACCAUGACAACCUUUUCCGCUCCGGUCACCGCGCCCAAAUCGAUUCCCAACAACCAGUCCGCGUUGGCAGCAUCUUUCACCAAUUUCCUCACCGUUUCGAUACACCAGAUCCUGUUCCUUCGUUCAGUUUACCCACGAGCAACGUUCCUGCCCGUCCGAGCCUAUAAUUAUCCUGUUCGGCAAUCCCGUCACCCGAAGGUGUGUGACUACAUCAACGAUGCAUCAAUUGCAGUCGGGACGGAGAUUUUGAAAGGCACAAUCACCGCAGUCAGUAUCAUCAUUUCAUCUCUCCGCACAAACCAGCCCCUGGAGCGAUAUGCCUUUGACCUGUCGGGGUUUCCCCGUGUUCCCAGUGGAGAGGUCAAUACUACAUUUGAAGAUAGAAAGGAAGAUUCAUCCAAACCAGGUGUCCCUGUAUUGGAACGGGGUUCCGCUCCUCCAACAGUCGAUCUCGAAGCCCAAUUCCGCGCCUGUCUCGCUAGAUUGGCCUCUGCUUGUGCGCGAUUGACUCCUUUACCUCGGGACGAUGAGUUCAGUUUCACCGUCUGUAUCGAAGUUCGGGAGGAUGCUUUACCCCCCGCGGGAACUACAACAGAAGAGCAGACUUGGAUAGUGGCCGAACCAGACAAAGUUCAUCUAAGGUCAUGUACCGCCCCAUAUUCUGUUUCUAAACUAAGGAAUGGGGAGCCCCAACAGCCGCCCCCGAAAGCGUCGAACGGUCGAGCAAAAACAGUGCCUGUACGCCGUGUAGAAGCCGGAGAGCUUCGUCUAGAGCUAUGGGUGGAGGAAGCACGGCAGAAGUUUAACGAACCGGUGGAUUCCGAACAUCCGCCUUGA